AUGCCUGCCAAACAAAGAGGAGGUGCUAGUAGGAGUCUUUCUGCCACUGAGGCUAAAGAAUUAGAGGAACUACGUGAACUACCUAAUCAGCGAAACUCCAUUGUUUCGGAUAUACAAUCGCUUGACCAAAGAAGACAAUCCGCAGAGUAUUUUGAAGAGAAAAGAGGUUCUAUAUCGUAUUCUGCAAGUAGUUUCUCUGAAGGUACACAGUUGGUACGAGAAGACGGUGCAAAGCUUCUUGAAAAAUCAUACUCCAUGGCGAAUACUGGUGUAACCAGAAACAGUUUAAUUUCUGGCCUUAAACUAUUAUCUAAGGAGACAACAGAACUGGAGAUCAAAGCAGAUCAAUUAGGCGCUAAAAAGAGGAGAUUGGUUAAUGGUAUCUUUCACAAGUACAUAGCUCCGGUGAUAUUCACAGUCAUUUCCUUUUGGUUAAGAUAUUAUAAAAUUGGGGAUAACAAUACUGUGAUCUGGGAUGAGGCACAUUUUGCUAAAUUUGGAUCCUUUUAUAACAGACACACAUUUUACCAUGAUGUACAUCCGCCAUUGGGGAAGAUGCUAUGUGGUCUUUCAGAAUGGCUAGUUGGUUACCAAGCAUCUGCCAACCCUGACUACAAUUUUGAUGCAGGUUCAACUUACCCAGCUCAAAUAAACUACUUUGGUAUGAGAUUGUUUCAAGUCUUUUUCAGUUCAGCAUUAACUCCAAUUGCUUGGUUUACUUGUAGGAGUUUAAAGAAAAAUCUAUGGACAUGUUAUCUGGUUACUUUGAUGGUUUGCCUAGAAUCCAGUUUUAUCGUGCUAGGUAAAUUCGUUCUUCUGGAUUCGUUUUUGUUUUUUUUCACAGCUACAACUUUCUUGUGUCUGGCAAAUGUUAAUAGAUUGAGGAAGUUUGAAGGUAAGUCAAGGAAGUUUAAUUUAUGGCUGCUUUUGUUAGGUUUGAGUAUAGGUUGUGUAUGUUGUGUUAAAUGGGUUGGUUUGUUUGUCACUUCAGUUGUUGGCGUUUAUGUUAUUGUUGAUUUAUGGGCCAAAUUCUGGGAACCUAACUUUAGAAUUCUAACAUAUGCUCAUUAUUGGUUCACAAGGAUCAUUGCUUUAAUAUGUAUUCCAGUUGUUGUGUAUCUCACCUGUUUCAAACUUCAUUUGGACUUGCUAUACUUACCAGGAGAUGGGAGUGCCUCGAUGAAUACCAUUUUCCAAGCAAACAUGAGAGCUACCGAUAUUGUAUCUCAACCUAGAUUUGUUCAAUUUGGUGAUGAGCUCACUUUGAGAUCCCAAGGCCCAAACUCUAAUCUAUUACAUUCACAUCAACAAGUUUAUCCUGCCGGUAGUGGCCAGCACCAAGUAACUACAUAUGGUUUCAAAGAUUCAAACAAUAACUGGCAGAUUGAAAACCCAAGAACGGCUAGAAAGCUGUCUGGAUAUUUGAAAGACGGAGAUACUCUACGUCUUAAGCAUCUUAUGACAGGAGCAAACUUGCAUUCCCAUGAAAUUCCAGGACAUGUCAGCAAGAAUUAUUUUGAGGUAUCUGGUUACGGCAGUGAAGAAAUUGGAGAUGAGAAAGAUGAUUGGAUUGUGGAAGUUGUCUCACAGUUGUAUUCUUCUAACGAAACAUAUAGAAUUAUGAAUGAAAGUGGUGACCAGUUUCACAAAUUCAUCCAUCCUGUUUCAACAACGUUUAGGUUAAAACAUAAGCAAUUGGGUUGUUACUUAGGAACCACUGGUAAAAGUUAUCCGAUUUGGGGAUUUCAGCAAGGUGAAGUUGUAUGCCUUGAUGCGGCACCAAAGGAUUCGUGGAAAUCAUAUAUCGAUACUUCUGCAAACUGGAAUAUUGAAUCUGUUGUGUCUUCUGGAAUCCCAAUUGAUUAUGAGUACGAAUAUCCUAAGUCUAACUUUCUUAAAGACUUCAUUCAAAUACAACGUUCAAUGGCUGCAUCGAACAACGCAUUGACACCGGAUCCUUCCAAGGCAGACAGUAUUGCCUCUUCAUGGUGGGAAUGGCCAAUAAUGAGAAGUGGUAUCAGAAUGUCGACAUGGUCUUUGUCUGCAAGAAGGUACUACAUGUUUGGUAAUCCAAUUAUUAUCUGGUUUACUACUGCCUGUGUUGUAGUGUACUCCUUCAUUAUGUUUUCAAUCUCAAGAAGAUGGAAAUCCCAAGAAUUGGUACUAGAUGAAGUUGCAAUGUGGAACAUAUUUACUUCUGGAAUCGUACCUCUUCUCGGUUACAUAUUGCAUUAUUUACCUUUCAUUGUGAUGGGAAGAGUCACUUAUUUCCAUCACUACAUGCCUGCACUCUACUUUGCAAUGUUUAUGUCUGGGUUUGCGGUUGAUUAUUUAACCAUUAAUAUGAACAAAAGGAUUAGAGAUGUCAUUUAUUUCCUUCUUUUCGUUGUUAUUAUUGGUUCAUUUUGGUUAUUUAGCCCUACUUGCUUAGGUAUGGUUGGCCAUCCCCGCAAUUACAAAUACUUGAACUGGUUUCCGACAUGGACUAUGAGCGACUAUCAGCCAUUUUCUAUCACACUGCAACAAUUCUUUUCAAAGUGCAAGUCCAAACUAAACGAAUAUAUAUAG